AUGCCUCUGGAAGAGGCUGUCAACCUACUAAUGAGACAAUUGGCUGAGGCCAGAGAAGAGGUGGACCGCCUAAGAGCUGAAAACGAAAGUACCACUAAUGUUGAGGCUAGUAGACCUCCACCCACUUUUCCAAACUUGGAUUUACCGAUUCCUGAUCACUUUCCUCAAACCCAAGCUGGGGCUCCCUUCGAGAGUCCAUUACACCGAAAUGCCACCCAUGUGGGGAGCUCUUCCCAUCAUACCCCGGCUUUUCAAACACCGAUUCGCGCAACAAAUGCAAAUGCUUAUCAAGCCCGUCGGGCAAUAGGGGUUCCAGUGACUCAUCCCACGCAACCAAAUGUCACCUUCCAAGAGCAUGUCACUCAUACUGACUCUUCGCCAGAAUUGGAAAAUAUGGAAAUGUUCUUCAAGGCCAGAAUAGACAAAAUAGAGAAAGAGAUGGGCAAGAAAAUUGUCGAACUAGAGCAUAGCUCUAAGAAGAAAGAAGGGUUGAGGUAUUCUGACCUGUGCAUCCACCCAGACCUGGGUCUACAAGAAGGCUUUAAGAUUCCCAAAUUUGACCACUUCAAUGUGUCGAGCAACCCGAGAGCCCACCUAAGGGAUUACGGCGAUCAGCUGGUCAGAAGUGGCGGAAAUGAAGCCUUGCUGAUGCGGUUGUUUAGUUGA